AUGAACGUCUCUUACUCUACCGGCCGCGCUGCGCUGCGCCUGAGCCGCUCUUCUUUCCGCCACUUGUGCGGCUCCAGAGUAGCCGGCUUUGCCUACCACUCUUACCCUUUGCCAUCCAAGAUCCCCGAACCUCCUAGGAGCGACGACAUCUCCAAGGUCUCCAUCGCCCAGCCAGAAGCUUUACCUCGUGUCCACGAGACACGGCCGCCCCUGCAGCAUGACGCUGCACCCAAGCCGACCGCCGCGCCUCAGGUCCAAUCACAGCCAAAGCCUUCUCCAGCAACAUCAACAGCGCCUACAACCCCCAAGGCCACCGAAACCAAUACACCAAGCGCAAAGCCCGCCACACGGCCCCGUUCCAAGCUCCGACCUCGCAAGGCGGCUAUGAAGCUCACACCCGCUGCUGUUGACCAGCUGCGCGCUCUGCUCAAUCAACCCGACCCGAAGCUGAUCAAGGUCGGUGUACGAAACCGGGGCUGCAGCGGGCUGGCCUACCACCUGGAAUACGUCGAUAAGCCUGGCGCUUUCGAUGAGACUGUGGAGCAAGAUGGUGUCAAGGUCCUGAUCGAUAGCAAGGCACUUUUCAGCAUUAUUGGUACCGAGAUGGACUGGGCAGAGGACAAACUGAGUCAGAAGUUUGUGUUUAAGAACCCCAACAUCAAGGAGCAAUGUGGCUGCGGAGAGUCAUUUAUGGUCUGAGAAGAUUGAGAAGAUCUAAACGACGAUCCCAACGACCAGAUACCGAGGCGGAUGCCGAGACAGAAUACGAAGGAAUUGUACGAUGGCGAUGUUUAGAGAAAAGAUUAUUACCAAGCAAGAUCCUCGUAAGAGAGACCUGCUUAGCCAAUCCACAUAUGGGUUUUACUUUAAUAGUGUUGAAGCAAGAACGUUACAAUCACGGGAACAAAUAGGCAAUAGUAUUACGGGGCAAUGAUACCGGCGUUAGGUUAGAGGCACACACUGUCCUUGAUCAAAUACAUCUUAAAAUACAUUUUUAUGAACAA